AUGCCGAUAAAUUAUUUUGAAUAUUUUAAAAGAGGAACUCGACAAUUACGCAAUAAAAAUGGCGAUUUGAUAAAUUGUUCGCCGUUAAAACCAGGAAGUUGUCCAGGUGGUGCGCUAUGCUAUCAAGAUUCAAUAAAUACUGAACAGUUUCGCUGUUGUGGUAAAGACCCAAGUGAUGGAUGUGGAACGGGACAAAGGGCUCUUAAACAUUUAAAUGGUAGCACAUUGCUUUGUCUACCUGGUACAGCUGAAUGUCCUGGGAAUGGAAUAUGUGAAUGGAGUUUCGACAUUGAUCGUUUCCAAUGUUGUGAAGCAGAUAAUGGCUGUUUACACGAAGAAAUACCUGCGUUUGAUUCGAAGGGAAAUGUUAUCUCUUGCUCGCCCAUAACUCCGUUAUUGUGCCCCGAUGAGGCUAUUUGUCGAUUUAAUUUUUGGACUGCUUCUUACCAAUGCUGUAGACAGAAUAAUCAAUUAGGUAAAAACUUAUUGCCUAAAAGAUGUAAAAAUUCUUCAUCAAGGACACCAUCAAUCUGUUCAAAAGCAUAUAAAAGAAGCAACAGGUGA